AUGUCUGUCCUACCUCCCGAGGUGCAUUCAGCGCUCAACGAGCUUCUCAUCGGCCUACAGGCAGCCGACAACGUUGCGCGGACACAGGCGGAGGAGCGACUAAACGCGGAAUGGGUGCAAGGAAGGCCAGAUGUACUAUUGAUGGGUCUGGUGGAGCAGAUGAUAGGAGCAGAGGAUCCGACGACUCGGUCGUUUGCAGCAGUGCUCUUCCGGCGGAUAGCAACCAGGACGCGCAAAGACCCGGCCUCAGACCGCACGAAAGAGCUGUUCCUCACACUACCCCAGCCUCAGAGGGAUGCGAUACGUGGGAAGCUUUUACACUGCCCCGAAAGCGAGACCGCAGCGCAUGUACGGAAUAAGGUCUGCGAUGCGGUUGCGGAAAUUGCGAGGCAGUAUACCGAAGACGGUGAACAAUGGCCAGAACUGCUAGGAGUGCUAUUUAACCUAAGCCAGUCGGCGGAUGCGGGCAAACGAGAGAGCGCAUUCCGGAUAUUCGCGACUACACCAGGCAUCAUAGAGAAGCAGCAUGAAGAUACCGUAUUAGCCGCUUUCACUAAGGGUUUCAAGGAUGACGAUCUAUCGGUGCGAAUCGCGGCGAUGGAAGCCUUUGCGUCCUUCUUCCGCUCUAUAAACAAGAAAGCACAACAGAAAUACUACCCUCUAAUACCAGAGAUACUUGGUGUCUUACCUCCGCUCAAGGAUUCGGGAGACUCGGGACUUCUAUCAAACGCCUUGGUUGCCUUGAUCGAACUGGCUGAGGUAGCGCCGAAGAUGUUCAAGCCUUUAUUUAAUAGCCUUGUCACUUUCAGCAUCACGGUCAUCCAGGAUAAGGAGCUGGACGAUCAGGCGCGACAGAACGCGCUUGAGCUCAUGGCUACUUUUGCCGACCACAGCCCCCAAAUGUGUAGGAAAGACCCUUCCUAUACUUCCGAGAUGGUCACACAAUGCCUGUCACUUAUGACGGAUGUCGGUAUCGACGACGACGAUGCCGAAGAGUGGAACACAUCAGAAGAUCUCGACAUCGACGAAAGUGACAUGAACCACGUCGCAGGAGAGCAGUGCAUGGACAGAUUAGCCAACAAGCUUGGCGGACAGGCAAUCCUACCACCUACAUUCAACUGGCUACCGCGUAUGAUGACUUCCUCUGCCUGGCGCGACCGGCAUGCUGCGCUCAUGGCCAUAUCUGCCAUAUCAGAAGGCUGCCGAGACCUCAUGGUCGGAGAACUCGAUAAAGUCUUGGACCUGGUCAUCCCCGCUUUAAGAGACCCGCAUCCACGGGUACGGUGGGCCGGCUGCAACGCUCUCGGGCAGAUGAGCACGGACUUUGCAGGAACGAUGCAAGAGAAAUACCAUCAGAUCGUGCUUCCGAACAUCAUCCCUGUUCUCGAAUCGCCGGAGCCUCGAGUGCAGGCACACGCCGCAGCAGCGCUCGUCAAUUUCUGCGAAGAGGCGGAGAAAGCAGUCCUCGAACCGUACCUUGACAACCUUCUGACCCACUUGCUAGUGCUUCUGCAGAGUCCAAAGCGUUUUGUUCAGGAGCAGGCGCUGUCUACUAUUGCCACUGUGGCCGACUCCGCCGAAGCCGCCUUCACCCGCUACUACGACACUCUCAUGCCUCUGCUUUUCAACGUGCUGAGGGAGGAGCAGUCGAAGGAGUUCAGACUGCUCAGAGCGAAAGCGAUGGAAUGUGCUACUCUGAUCGCUCUAGCAGUUGGCAAAGAGCGCAUGGGUCAAGACGCGCUGACGCUUGUUCAGCUCCUCGGAUCAAUUCAACAGAGUAUCGUAGAUGCAGACGAUCCUCAAGCAUCAUACCUCUUGCAUUGUUGGGGACGAAUGUGCCGUGUGCUCGGCCAAGACUUCAUACCGUACCUAACUGCAGUUAUCCCGCCGCUGAUGGAAAUCGCGGGUGCAAAAGCAGACAUUCAGCUUUUGGAUGACGAGGAGCAAGUUGCGUCUGUUGAGCAAGAGGAGGGCUGGGAGCUUGUUCCCCUCAAGGGCAAGUAUAUCGGCAUCAAGACAAGCACGCUGGAUGACAAGCACAUGGCCAUUGAACUCAUCGUCAUCUACGCCCAGGUGCUCGAGGCCGCUUUCGAGCCUUAUGUCAACGAGAUCAUGGACAAGAUCGCUCUUCCGGGCUUGGCAUUCUUCUUCCACGAUCCCGUGCGAGUAGCAUCCGCCAAGUGCGUGCCGCAGCUCCUGAACUCGUACAAGAAGGCACACGGCACACAGUCUCCGCAGUUUGCACAGCUCUGGGAGCGCACGAUCGAGAAGGUCCUCGAGGUCCUCAGCACAGAGCCCGCCAUCGACACGCUCGCAGACAUGUAUCAAUGCUUCUACGAGUGUGUCGAAGUCGUCGGCAAGAACUCCCUCACAGCAGCACACAUGUCCACCUUCAUCGAAUCCGCGCGAACAGUGCUCGAAGAUUACCAUGAGCGCGUCAAGACCCGUCUAGAAGAGCAACAAGAGACCGAAGACGGCGAGGAAGCGUCCGAAGAGAUGCUCUUCGCUAUCGAAGACGACCAGGCCCUACUUUCAGACAUGAACAAGGCUUUCCAUACCAUCUUCAAGAACAUGGGCCCCGCAUUCCUGCCGCACUGGGAGCGCCUCCUCAACUACUACGAUAUGGCUAUCGUGAACCAGGACCCGACGCAGCGCCAGUGGGCCAUCUGCAUCUACGACGACGUCCUCGAGUUCUGUGGUCCGCAGAGCUGGAACUAUAGCUCGCACAUCAUCGAGCCGCUCGUCGCGGGCAUGCGCGAUGAUGUCCCGGCCAACCGGCAGGCGGCUGUAUACGGCGUCGGCGUCGCCGCUCACAAGGGCGGCGAAGCGUGGUCGGAGUUUGUGAGCGCAAGUCUGCCGACGCUGUUCCAGGUCACGCAGCGGCCGAAUGCCCGAGAGGACGACGAUGUGUUCGCGACGGAGAAUGCGUGUGCGAGCAUCGCGAAGAUCCUGCACUACAACUCGAGCAAGAUCCAGAACGUGCAGGAGGUCGUUAACGCAUGGGUGGAUACGCUGCCUGUUGUCAAUGAUGAGGAGGCGGCGCCGUAUGCGUACUCGUUCCUUGCGCAGCUGAUUGAUCAACAAAAUCCAGCUGUCAUGUCUCAAGCAGCGAAAUGCUUUACCUUCAUCGUGCAAGCGCUCGACGCAGAGACAUUGCAGGGCCAGACGGCGAGUCGCAUCGUCGGCGCAGCGAAGCAGCUCGCCACCCAGACGGGGCUGGAUGUCAACCAGCUGUUGGCAACAAUGUCGCCGGAGACGCAGCACACAGUACGGGCCUUCUUUGGGUGA